AAAAUUAAAUAAAUUCAAGUAAUAAUGCUGAUACCCAUAAAGACUUUUGAGCCUGAACCCACCAGUUCCAACACUUACCAGCUGAAGAGCCAGAUAGCGAAGCAUGGAACGAAAACACAAGCGAUGCUGUUUCAAGCGUUCCGAUUCGAUUUGCAGGAUGCGAGAAAUGCGCGCGUUGCCCAGCUCCAGCGCAGAGAAGCGCAGCCAGCAUACUGAGUCGGGGAACUCCAUGCCAGCCUCACUCAAAGCUUCGUCCAGCACCGCUUCCCAGAUGCCGAAGGAUAGCCCCAAGAAACGUUUCCUGUCGUUUAUCUGGAGGAACAAGGAGUCCAAGGAGCAGCGCAAGCAGCGCAAAUCCUUGAAGCAGGCCAAGAUAAAGCGACUGAACACCAACCUCAACAUCCCACUGGAGGAGCAGGACAUUCGCAAGCUGAUCCGGCUCUACUGCAAGCACGACAAUCUCUACAACCCGAAGAACUCGUACUACGGCAACAAGGAGAUCGACGAGGACUGCUACAUCGACAUGACCCGGUCCUUUCCCGGCCAGACCAGCGACGAUCUGCGCGGCUAUCUGGAGGAGCUGAAGAACCUAUUCGAGCGGGAGUACACCAUAAUCGAGAGCGCGUGCCGUAACUACGGAGAGAUCAUGACCCCCUCCAUCCAGUACUACAACGAGUUCCUCUUCCUGGUGCCCUAUUUGUGCAUCAACUUCGACAAGAACCGGCCGCGCAGCUCCAGCGACCUUGGGCUGCCCAAUCGCCCCGCGCCGGACAUGUCCAGGUCCGCCUCUAGCAUGAUAUCUCACAAAAAGCCAUCUACGACUGAUCUGAAGAAUGCGCUGGCCACCAAUGAGAUGCUGCGCAGCAAGAUGGUCAAUCUUGCUGCCUGUGCCGGCCCCCCCACCCCCUUCUCGCCGGGUGCGUGCUUUGGCAAAUGCAUGAAGCGAAAACCCGAAAAUAAACCCAGCGAAAAGGACAUCAAAAAGGAGAAAAAGCCAAAGGAGAAGCAGGUGCAGCAGGAAAAUAGCAAACCCAUAGAGGAGCAGCAGGCCCCGAGGGAGAAUGCUGAUGUGGAUGGGCAAGUUACCUUCUCUCCCUCCACACAAAAACGGAGCGCGCCCGCAAAACAGUCGAAACCUCAGAACCAGUCCCAGAAGGCCCCAGAUACCGAAAUGUCCGUGGAAUCAUCAUUCUACUCCACCGAAAAGGAGAAGGAGGUCACAGACCUAUCCCGUCAAUCGCACAUGGACCCAACUACUCCGCCCGAUGAAGAUGUCCGCCAGCAGCCGAAACCUUGCGGACCACAGAGCUGUCCGUAUAGUGUCCCAUGCCCGGCGCCUGCUCUCCAGGCCCAGGAGAGCCCUCCCCCAGAACAAACGGGGGGUAAUGCCCAACAGGUUCAGAUGCUCUGCGAUAUGAUUCGCACAGAACUAACUGCGGCGCCGGAUUUCAUUUACUUCGAUGCCAAGUGGCGGAUCAUCGAGAUACUACGGGAGGUGCACAAACGCCAGCUGGUCCACCUGAAGGGCACACCGAUCUGCAACGGAAGACGCUGUCCGCCGGCACCGCCGCAGAAGAAGUGCCCGGCCAAACAGGGUCCGAAUCAGUAUGCCCCGAGAAGAGCAUCGCCAGGGCCGGGACAGAAGAGCGGAGCAACACGCGCAUGCGACUGCCAGUUCUGCCGUCGACCCGCGACGCCUAGUGGUGGCUUCCCUGUUUCGGCCGAGCGCGCGGCAGAUACAAACUCUCUCGAGAUGGCAGUGGAGGCAUUUCUGAACAGCUCCAAGCUGCUGCAGCACUGGCCAAGCUGUUUGCUUGGUCUACUUCUCGUUUUGGCCAUUAAGUACGUCUUAAACCAGCGGAAAAAGAGUUCCAAGAACUAUAGCACCGACAGGGAUGGGGAUAUUGAAACUGAAUUCGAAGAGGAAGCUAGAGGCGACCUGCAGCCCGCUCUGGAGGAGAAGCCGCAUGUGCAGUUUGUUCCUGGCCAGACACUCAAUCCCAAUGGCGCCCGACGCUUCUUGGAACUAGUGCGUGGACGUCGCAGCAUCCGCUCGUUCAGUCCCUUGACCAAGCCCAGCCUCGGCGUCAUUGAGGACUGCAUAAGGGCGGCUGGAACUGCUCCGAGUGGAGCCCACACUGAGCCCUGGACAUUUUGCGUGGUGGAGGAGGCCUCAGUAAAGCAAUCCGUGCGUGCGAUUGUGGAACACGAGGAGCAGAUCAAUUACAACAAGCGCAUGCAUCCCCAGUGGGUCACGGAUUUGCGGCCGCUCCAAACAAACCAUGUGAAGCCGUAUCUGACGGAUGCUCCCUAUCUGAUCCUUAUUUUUAAGCAGACUUACGGCACCGCCAAGGACGGGCGACGGAAAACGCACUAUUACAAUGAAAUCUCAACGUCCAUUUCUGCCGGGAUCCUGUUAUGCUCCCUCCAGGCGGCGGGCCUGUCAUCGCUGGUCACAACUCCCCUGAACUGUGGCCCAGCCCUGAGAGAGCUGCUCGGACGACCUGUGAACGAGAAACUACUGAUACUCCUGGCAGUGGGGUAUCCGACAGACGAUUGCAAGGUGCCAGACUUGAAACGAAAACGUCUGGACGAGAUUUUGGUUAAAUAUUAAUAUUUACAUUUCAAAUUACAAAAAUGCAAUAAACCGGAAAAACGAAUAUCAAUACAAACUGUCGAUACACAGGAAA